AUGGCCUCGCCCAAAGUAUGGUUUAUCACGGGCUGCUCAUCUGGUUUCGGGUGGGAGCUUGCACUCCUCGCUCUGAAACGAGGCGACAGGGUCAUUGCCACGGCUCGUGACGCCAGCAAGCUUGAAGCUCUCAAGAGUGCCGGUGCAACCACUAUGGCGUGGGAUGUCACUGCUCCAUUGGCGGAGCUGAAGAAUGCCGCCGCCGAAGCACACACAGUCUAUGGCAGAUUCGACUACCUGGUCAACAAUGCUGCCUACAACCAGGUCGGGAGCCUGGAGGAACUGACGCCGGAGGAAACUCAGGCGCAAUUCGCCACGAACGUCUUCGGGCUGUUGAACACGACGCGCGCAAUUGUCCCCUAUAUGCGAGUACAACGUGCAGGUGUGGUUGCCAACUUCUCGAGCGUUGCUGCUUGGGUCGGAUACCCAGGUGUCGGUAUGUACUGCGCAUCAAAGUGGGCAGUGACCGGCCUUUCGGAAACCCUGUACCACGAGUUGGCGGACUUCAACAUCAAAGUCUGCACGAUCGAGCCUGGCUAUUUCCGGUCCAAGUUUCUCAACCCUGGCAACUUGUUGAAGAGAGAAAAUAUGAUUCCGGACUAUGAAGGUACCGCUGUCCGGAUGGGGGAGCAGUCGAUGAAGGACUACGACAACAAGCAACCUGGUGACAUCAAGAAGGGAGUCAAGGUCAUUGUCGAUGUCCUCAGCGGUGACUCCGGCCGAGAGAUCCCCAUGAGAUUGGUGCUGGGCCAGGACGCGUAUGGAAUGAUUAAAGCCAAAUGCGAGGACACCAUGAAAGGCUUGGAAGUGUGGAAAGACCUGACUUGCUCAACUGAUCUAGAUGAGCAAUAG